AUGCGUGAUUUGUUACCUCUCGCCGAAACGGCCAGACAACGUUUAUCCCAGCUCCAAAUAAUGUCACUGUCCUGUGUUUAUAUAAGAAAGUGUAAUAUAAUGACCAGAUGGUUUGGAACAACUAACGUCCCAACAGAUAAUCCCUUUGAUUUUUCCAAAGAUGGCAAGUUGGUAUACAUUUCUGAGAAUGUCACGGAAUAUUUAGGACACUCUAUGGUGGACAUGAAAACACAAGGAGACAGCCUUUUUGACAUAAUAGACAAAAGGGAUCAUAUCACAGUCCAGGCACAAUUGAUGAGAGGUGGCACAGAUGUAGCUCCCGGGCAACCGCUUGCAUUCUUUUGUCGGAUGAAUAUGUCUAGAAGUGUAAAACGUCAAUCUGGUUUCGGAGAUGUUAAAACGAUGCAUGUACGUGGCCAUUUCGUGUCUGUACCAGAUCCUGAGCGAGGAGGAGAGCAACUUGUGUUCGCUUCAUUUUGUUAUCCACUUAUCACUAUAGACAGUAAAGACACUCUCUUACUCAGUGAUACCAUGAUCUUUAAAUCCGCUCAUAGACUGGAUAUGACAUUUUUAGAAAUUUCUCACAGUGGCGAAUUUCACUUGGGAGUGAGUAGCGAAGAAAUGGUUUCUAAAUCUUGGUAUUCUAUUUUGCACCCAGAAGAUAUAUGGGAAGGUCAAACAAAACAUAUCCAGCUGAUCAAAUCUCGCCAUGAGAUGGGAUGUAUGCUAACUGUACGCAUGUUAGUAUAUGGUGGUCAGUUUAUAUGGGUGAACAUUGUCAUGCACGUGCGUCAAGCGCUUGCGAACAGUGAUGACCCGGUGGUUGUGUGUGUCAAUCAAGUGAUCAGUGAGGACGAAGCUUGUCAGUUACGGGGUCCAGCUUAUGGCUAUCCGACUCCAUGCGCUGCCCAAUUAUCGCCAAUGGAUAUGCUGCCCCCUUCAGCUGCAUAUUAUCCAAUGAUGCAGCAAGAGGAGCUGUUAACGUCACAUAUGCAACAAUUCUAUGAUGACCCAGUAACCCAUGCUUAUGCACUAAGUAUGGAAAGAGAGAGACAUCACCACCACCACCAUCAGCAACAACAGCCGCAUCCAUCCGCUUAUGGUGCACCACCGAAUAUCUAUGCAAAAAUGACUCCAGUAGGAAGUCGGUGUUAUACUGGUUCAGUAGUUAAUGUUCCUUCUGCUAGCAGUGGGCAUCCUCCACCAUCUUUACCUCCCGCUCCUCCACUUCCCAUGAUGGAUGGAGCAGUUGCCUGUUAUCAACAUGUCGACCCACCUAGUAAUUCAGGUAAUGGAGCUUCAGCCUUGAAUUCGAACAACAGUGGUAAUGGUAAUACAUCAAAUACUGCAAACAUUAGCAAUAAUAACGAUGGUCACCUUUUUCUUGCUGCUGGAGGAAAACUUGGUAGCGCCACAACUGUAGGCACCUAUUCUGGACACUUGAUUCUUGGCGGAGGUUAUCACUAUACAAACUCUUCAUCGUCUUCUUCCUCGCCUCCUGCUGGAUAUCCAAUGUCAAGUGCUGAUUCUUCCAGCAGUUGCAUGUACGGCCCGACUCAGUGCCUGACCAGUACCCCUUACCAUAAUCCAGUAAUACCCUGUGAGCAAAACAAGCUGAAACAGUUAGAUAUGAAAACAUUGUCUUAUUACCUUUGGCAUUCACCCACUGAAGUGGACAUAAAACCGCAAGUAUCAGUACUUCCGGAAGGAAUCCUUACACCGGAACCGUCGCCAUCAUCGUCACCCGAUUUAGUGUUUCAAAAUUUCCUGAACAUCUCGGCCUCGUUGUCAGUAGCAGGAACAACUGCUAUUGUAGCUGAUACAGACUCAGGAGGGGUGUUGGAUAGAGAAGACAUAACACUACAGCCAAAACAAAAGCGCAAAAUGUCGAUUAGUAGUGGUGAUGAAAUAAAUUGCACUGCCAAAGAUAGUGAAGCUUGCGUCCAACAUCAGCACCACCAAUCAAACCAUAGAAAACAGAGCAGUCAAUCUUCUCAUCACCCGCAACGAUACCUCUUUCAGCUACACCAUCAACAUACCAAUCAAUUAGACCACCCUCAUUCAACCGGUAGCGGCAGAAACUUAAGCCAUCAUACUCACAUUAAAGAAAGUAGCACUGCUAACCACAUCAGUGUUAUCCAAAAUCCCUUCCAACAACGUCGCAUGGGAGAACUUCCGGUCAUUGACCCAACUACCGUAGAGUCUUUCUUUGAUGAAAUAGCUACGAAACGAAAACAACUGUCCAAAAUCAAGCUACCUUCCCUGAAGCGUAAACUUCCGGAUCUAACCGUAGAAGAACUGGAAAAUAUUCUUUCCGCUAGUCUCUCUCGGUCUAGUACAACGUUUUCUCAGUCUUCUUUCGAUCAACGUUUAUCUGAAUUGGCACUGUUGUCUUCUGAAUUUAACACAGAAAAAAGUUUACCAUUACAGGUUAAAACCGAACUGACCAAUGUUCUAUCAGCGUGUCGUCAAACUUCGACAACAAAUACUUCGGUUACUACUUCCGUAUCAACAUCGCCAGCAUCUUUAGCAUCUCCCUCUCCCCCACUCAAUACUGCAGAAACAACGACAGUAUUUAUGCUAGCAAACAAAAGAGAAGUUAUCAAAAGAGAAUGUUCUCUGCCAUGCCGACAUUCAAAUACUCCAGUUAGUUCAGCCAAUUCCCCUGUCUUUGCCACUGACAUAAACCAUGCCAGCAAAAAUGAUCCAACAAUUCUUCCGUCUUAUAUGAACAGCCCAGAAAGCAUGAAUGAUGAAGAGUCUAAGAGUGGUAAUUCUACAGACGUAAACAUUGACAAGGCUGACAGUGAAAAUUUUUCCCAUGAUAUGAUGGAAUCUCCAAACUGGCAAGAAAAUAGCCCAGCUGAAAUUUCUUCUGAUAUUGAGGAAUGGUUAGAACAGAUCAUAAAACCUUGGCAACAAAGUAAUGGUGCCACUCGAGAUAAUUUUGACGACCUCCGGUAG